AUGGUGGUGGAUUGGCAGUUUGUGAAUUUGGACGAAGCCUAUGCUCGGGCCACCACGCACGUGUUCGUCCCUCCCAAGGUCCUGAACAAUACGUUCCGAUGGAUCAUGGACGACGAGAGCGUGUGGACGAAAGAGGCGGGGAUUAGCUCCUUGGGGUUUGUCAAUCUGGAAGGGUCCCCGCAUUAUUGGAAGAAGAAGACCAUGGGCAUGACGUUGACGAAAAGCGGCAACAAGUACGAACCCAAGUUUCGUUGGGUCAUAGGCACCACCAAGCUGAGCGUGGGGACCACGUAUAGACUAGUGGUCGAGGUCUACACGACCGACAAGGUCUUGUUUGACAAGACGCGCGUGAGUGCCUACACGAGUUUCUACGUGCGAAUGAUCGAUUCGGCGGUGACGACGCACGUGCAUGAAUACCUGGGAACGCACUUGGUGUAUUACCAUCGCCUCGUGCAAGAUUUCCGGCUGACGUCGUUGUCGGACAGUGCGUCGCGGCUGCACGCGACGGUGACCAUCGACGGCGUGCCCACCUCGUAUCCGGCCACGUUGACGGAUCAAUGUUACGUGGUGGUCUACGGGUACGCCAUCGGGCCGCCGUGGCCUCGCAUGGAUCAAGUGGACGACGUGUACGACGAUCAUCCGGUCAUUCGACGAAGCACCACCACCACGUCGACCAGCAGUAGCACCGAAACGACCACCAAGCCCACGCAUAAGGGGAGUGAAGACAAACAGAAGAAGACCACGGUGACGCCCGCGACGCACGGGGAGCAGGCCACGCGUCCGGUGCAUCUGUACUGCAACGUGGGGGAGAGCAGCAUCGUGGGCACGCAGAUCACCAAUUUCUUGCGUGACCUGCCCUAUAAAGACGUGCCCAUCCGGUGGGAACCGGAACACGUGCAGUAUCACCGGUUGCGUGGAGACACGGUGGAGAUUCUCGAAGUGGAAGUGGCCGAGACGAACGGCCACUUGAUGACCUUGAACCCGUCGGGAGAGACGCAAGUGACGUUGCAUUUCCAGGCAUGAAUCGUGUCGUGUUGGUCAGCGAUCCGACGGAAGAGUUUCCCAACAACACCACGAGUUCCUUCAAAGUGCGCUUGCCCGUGCCCUUGGAAUUGAAGGGGGAAGGAUGGAAGGUGGGGCUGGCGGCCAUCUCCACCCCCGACGCCGCCUUGGACUUGGCGAGACUCACGAAUGCCGUCAACCCUCGCGUGGUCAUGGUGGGUGUCAAGAUGGUGAACAAUUUGAGGCCCGACGACAUCCCGUACCACCAUCAGACCGUCGUCCAAAUCAAAGAUCUGACCAACGAUCCCAGCGUGGUGGAUGGGGUGAGUCUGAUGAAAGCCCUCAUAGGCAAAUCGCAGUUUUACGAGAUGAAAGAAGCUCAAGCGAAGAGUAAACGGCUCUACGACAAGUUUCGGGUGACGUACGAAUGGGACGGCGAGGACCUGCGCAUGCUGGCCAAGGAGUUGGACGACAUCGCCUUGACGACCGGCAUGUCGUUCGUGCAAUGGCAUGUGCACGUGAGCAUGGCUAAACUGAUGGGGUGGCUGGUGGAGACGGGGAAGGACAAGUACGCCUUGGGACCCAAUCUCCGUUACGAACUCAAUUACAAGACGCAGCAGGCGGGAAAUUAUUACAAAGACGUCAAGAACACGGAACUGGACAACCACGAGCUUUGGAAAAUAGAAAGCGACCACUUACAGUUGAGUCAGGUGAUCAAUUGGCGCUUCGUCAACUUGAACGUGGCCUUCCGAGAGGUGGUGGGGGAACCCUCGCGCACCUUUUUGGUCUACUCGGACCUGGUGGACAGCAAUAUCGUCGGAGGCCAACAGCAUGCCAUGGUGCGCGAAGUGGAGUACCGUCGCCAAGGCAAGGGCGUGGCGUACUAUGAACCCUUGCACAUCCAAUGGUUACCGUGUCGGCGCGAGUACAUGGACGUCGUGGAGGUGGAAGUGGCCGAGAGUCACGAAGGCCUCGUCAAGUUCGGCGCGGGGCGCACCCUGAUCACCUUCGUGUUCAAACGA